AUGGAUUCUUCGCAGCACGUCAGACCGAUCAUCAGGACACAGCCCCCGAGUCCAGCAGAUACUGGUGCCAGCGCAGGCACCGGCAGCGUUCCUCCGCGUUCCCAGACGGUGUCUAAUGAUCGCAUUGGCUAUCGCCGCAAGGUCGGAUUCGAUAGCAUGGAUGAAUAUCUCACUGGGCAUCCCUUAUCCACGCUCACACUGCAGUCCACAACUUCCGAUUACAAGAGGUUAAAGAACAGUCGCAUUUUCCUCGUUGGAGCUUCUACGGACGUCAAUGGCCAGAGAGCACUCGACUUCGUACUUAUGAACUUGCUAGAGAAUGGCGAUGAGAUUGUGGCUAUGAGGGUUUUCGACGACGAGCAGCGCAAUCAGGAUAAUGCACGUGAGGAAGCCGAGGAGCUCCUCGAGAGUAUUCGUGUUAAGAACGAUGAAUUUGACAACAGACAGAUAUCAAUCGUUGUUGAGUUCAUAGCAGGCAAGAUAACCACAGCUAUACGCUCGCUCAUUUCGCUCCAUCGCCCUGACUCGUUCGUUGUCGGCUCGCGCGGUAAAUCAGGUACGUGGACGCAGUUGUCGUCCGCGUUCGCCUCAGUCAGGUCAGGCGCAGGGACUGCUGGCGGUAUGGGGUCGGUUUCGAGAUGGAGUCUGAGUAACUCUAAGGUGCCCACUAUUGUGGUUAGAAAUGAUGCCAAAGUGAAGGAAUCGCUGGCGAAGCGCGCCAAUGACAGCAAGAGACGCUCAUACCACUCGCUGCUACAAACUUAG